AUGAUCAUGACCGUGCGAGGGGCGGUGGCUGCGAGCGCCAUCAAGCCUGGGGGGAUCCUCGUUCACCAGAGAGUCCUGCAGAAAGAGACGACGGUUGUCGACAUGGACAUCGCGGCGGAAGACCUCAUGGAGCUUCGUGAACACCCGGCCGAGAAGGGCAACCUCGUGCUCUCCAACGAAACCCGCGCGUACAGGGAACUCGAGCGGUUGUCCCUUGUCCAGUCCAACUGUGUGGUGGACAUCCAUGGACGAGAUGAACGUGACGUGGUGCGUCUCAAGCGCAUGGCGGAGCAAUUGGACCUGCACAUCCUUGCCUCCACCUCCCUCAACGACACAACGACUUCAACCGACGUGUCGGCGUUGGCGCAUCAACUUGUGUUGGAUCUGCAGUACGGCAUGGACAACACUACGAUUCAAGCCAGCGUCAUCUACCAACGGACAUCCCUCUCGCCCGCCAACCCCACGAUACUCCGAGCCAUUGCCCAGGCCCAACAAGUGACGAAUGCCCCCGUGUACUUUUCUUUCGACUCGGAUCCGUCGGCAUCAUACCCCACCGACAGACUGAUAUAUCUGUUGCACUGGCGUUCUUGCACCAAUAUGAUUCAUAUGGCGGGCAACCUCCGUCGCGUCGUGCUGUGUCAUUGCGAUCUGUGGUGGCGCCAUCCUGCGGCCCUGGAGCAUGUGGCCACGACCACAAACGUGUGGUUGAGCUUCGACUUGGUGGGGUUGUCCGCCGUGAGCGACCACCUGCCCUUCUUGGCGUCAUCGUCCAAUGCUGUAUGCGUUCCCCGGGAUUUUGAGAUUGCUCAAUGCGUACAAGUGCUCCUGACCAUUCAUUUCAAUCACGUCUUGAUCAGUAGCACCGUGACCCAAACCAUCCAGUACCAUCGGAAUGGCGGCGGCGGCAUGCUCCACGCCCUCUCCAGCAGCUUUCAAACCAAACUGUUUCAUGGACGACGGGGGACGGCCGCGCAGCACCAGCAGCUGUGGCAUACGAUCACCCAUCACAACCCCCUCCUGCUGCUACAGGGCUACGUGAAGCCCCCCCCCUCUGUCAUUCCAAAGGACUUUAUCCCUUGCUCCAUCUGCCGCCUCGAGUUUGAACCCGUCGUGGGCGAGUACUUUACUAAGUUUGAGUUUGUCUACUGCUCCACCAAGUGCCUCCGACGACAUCGCGUCGCUGGCUUUGGCCCUGUCGACCAAGUACAGUAGUAAACAAUCAUAAGUCGAGGACUAACCGAGGUAGUUAGUUG